CUCAGAUCUUAAGCGUUCAGAACUCUGAGUUGUCUCCACAUCCAUCACCAAGGCAGUUUCAAAGGGAAAAAGGGAAAACCACGUUGCCGGCUCAGGACGAACAGUGAAGGAAAUUCAGCGGGUUGUUCUAAUGGCACACAUUUAGCAGCACAUAAUUGCAGCAAAUAACCGCCCUGAAAAUUGGCAGCACCAGGUCCAGCCACCUCCUUCACUUGUUCAAUGUGGCUCCAAUUGCCCUCAUCUUGCAAACAGGAGAUGACUUUGCCCUGGCCUGCAGUGGGUCAGGCAACCACCAGCUCCCUCGUCCCCACUCUGUGUGUCAUGGUGUGAAUGCUGCUUGAUGCAUCUGUGGGCAGUGGGACGCAGCCCUGCACCCCCUGUGUCCUCUUUACUGGAAGGUUCGUGGCCCAAGGCAGCCAAAAAAUGAAUGCCCCUGUGCGCAGCAGCAAUGGGCUGAGUAGUUUGGUGAUGGGAAGAUAGUAACUAGCAGGGGUACGGCUUGCUGGUGGCACUCGGAGGGUUGGGUUGACUUGGUGGCCUUGAAGAUCUUGUUCAGUUUGGAUAAUUUUGGAUUCUGCCUCACCCAGCCAUGGUGUAAGGGCGUUUUCCAUGGAUUUCCAUGAAAACGGUUUGGUGGCAAAGGGGUUUGGAAGGGCAGGAUGUGCUUUUGGGUCCACCUGACUGAUGAGGAAAAGUUUCUUCCCAGAAAGAGAGAGAAAGCACUGGCACAGGCUGUCUAGGAAAGUGAUGGAGUCACUGUUCGUGGAGGUGUUCAGAGAAACUUGGAGAUGUGGCACUGAGGAACAUGGUCAGUGGGCAUGAUGGGGGUUGGACUGAGUGAUCUUAGAUGUCUUUCCCAACGUCAAUGAUUCUAUGGUGUGAGGCAAUGCUGUGAGCAGGGGGACAGGCUGGAGGAGCAGCGCAGAUGCUCUGUUAGAUAUUGAGAUUUUAUUUCUUGCUGGAUGAGACCAGGCUGUAGCAAUGUAGAUGGGGAAAUAGUGCUGCUUUGCUUAUGGCUGAUGCUUUGUAGAAGUAAUACUGGAAUGAAUCUCUCUGCAAUUACUGUGUCCCCACCAGGCUGAAGGAGCUGGAGCUGCCUGCACUGGGACACUCAGAUGUCCUCAUUAAGAUGCUGGCAGCACCCAUCAACCCGGCCGACAUCAACAUGAUCCAAGGCACCUACGCCCUCCUGGCCCCACUGCCAGCCGUGGCAGGCAAUGAAGGCGUUGGGCGCGUGCUGGAGGUCGGCCCUGGCGUGGUGACACUGAGUCCUGGGGACUGCAUCAUCCCUGCUGAUGCUGGGCUUGGGACGUGGCGGACGCACGCGGUGCUCCCCGAGGACAACCUGCUGCGUGUGCCCAGUGACAUCCCACUGCUGUGUGCUGCCACGCUCAGCAUCAACCCCUGCACAGCACUCCGCAUGCUGACCGACUUUGAGAGCCUGGCGCCGGGGGACUCCGUCAUCCAGAACGCGGCCAACAGCGGUGUGGGGCAGGCUGUCAUCCAGAUUGCAAAGGCCAUGGGCAUCAGGACCAUCAAUGUGGUGAGGGACAGACCCGACCUUCCCCAGCUGGUGGAGCGGCUGCUGGCCUUGGGUGCAGACCACGUUGUGACAGAGGAUGCGCUGAGGAAGCCAGAGAUGAAGGAGAUAUUUAAGAGCAUCCCGAAGCCCCGGCUUGCCCUGAACUGCGUUGGAGGCAGGAGCACAACGGAGAUGCUGCGGCACCUGCAACCCAAAGGGACCAUGGUGACCUAUGGAGGAAUGGCAAAGCAGCCUGUGACGGUGCCAGUGAGUGCCUUCAUCUUCAGGGAUGUGAGGCUGCGUGGCUUCUGGGUGACCCAGUGGAAGAAGGACCAUGACAAGCAAAGCAUGGCCAGCAUGGUGGAUUCCCUGUGCCAGAUGGUGCGGAAGGGGCAGCUCAGCGCUCCUGCCUGCACUGCAGUCCCACUGGAGGAUUUCAGGGAGGCCUUGGUGGCAUCUAUGCAGCCCUUCAUCUCCUCCAAGCAGAUUCUCCUGCUCUGACUUCUUGCAUAAAUUGUUUCUUUUUUUUUUUCCUUUUUUUUUUCUUUUAAUUUCAGGUAUUAAAAGCCUCUGGAAUUUUGCAGAGGCCACACUGAAAAGAGGCUGGGUUUGCUUCUGGAGGGAGACUUGGGUCACAUUUUAGUUUGUUGCAGCAGAAAGCCUGGGCUCUUCCCUUGGCCAUCUCAAGGGAAAGGAGCAGAUUGAAUUGCAAAACCACUUUUUAAGACAUUUGUAUUAUUAUUACUUUUUAUUGUUGUUGUUAAUUUUUCCCUACCUAGCACAUGCAGUGCUGGCAUCAUUGCAGGGCACCCACGCAGGCUGGAGUUACACUGGACAACAUGGGUACAUUUUCUACCCUCUGGGCUCACCCUGGCAGCUCACCACCAUCAAUGUGAUUUUUCCAAUGCCUGGACUUGAAUUCAGUUUUGCUGCUGUUACUGAACCACCACAACUUGUGACUGUGGAACGCGCAGGGAAACCUCUUGGAAAUCAAUGUCUGAUAUAUCUAUUUUUGUAAGAUGCUGCCAAUAAAUGUUUAUGUGCUCAAAGCA